UCAAAAUCACUCUUCUAUAAAAAUAUGAGCUCGACGUCCCCCGUUCCCCAUUUCAGGUUUCCAAAUUCCGAGUAUUAAAAGUCCGGUUUCGCAUUUCCCUUCUUCACCACUACACAUCUCUCUCUCUCUCUCUCUCUCUCUCUCCCUCCCCUCCUUCAACAGUACAACAAAUGGAAGCAGACGGAAAGCCUGAGCAGCUGCAAACGAACGACACGGAACCUCUUCUAUCCUUCUGUCCAAGCUUCAACAGCUACUCCUCCGAUCAACGGGCUCAAAUUGCCGCCGACGUCGCCGACGAGAGACCUCGCGCCUCCGACGACUUCGAAUUCGCUUUCGAAAAGGCGGAAGAGAUCUCGCACGACGCUUGCGAGUUACGCCAGAUUUUCCCCGUGUUCAAUCGCGACAUAAUAUUCGGAGAUAAUCGUGAUCAUCCUAAGGACGAUGAAAAACGUGAUCUGUCGACUCUUCUACUUCCGCUGAAGAAGCUGUUCGACGAGGAUCCAUCGUCGUCGUGCUCUUCAUCGGAAGUAGACGAGUUGGAACGCGUACCGGAGGGAACGUACUGCGUCUGGAGGCCGAAAUCGGUGAAAUUAGCCUCGCCUAGUCUUGACGCCGAGACUAGAUGUAAGAAGAGCAAUUCGACUGGAUCGGCGUCGAAGCGGUGGAAAUUAAGAGACUUGCUGUUGCUCCGUCGGAGCAACAGCGACGGGAAGGGCUCGUCGUUUGUGUUUUUGACUCCGAAGAGUACUGCUAGCGACGUAAAGGAAACUGAGGAUUCGAAGGAGAGGCGGAACUCCGGCAAGGGGAAGGCCAAGGGAGCCGCCGGCGGCGGCGAUAAGGCGGCGUCGGCUCACGAGGUGUUUUACGUGCGGACUCGAGCGUCGAAGGAAGUUGACAAGAGGAAGUCGUAUCUUCCGUAUAGGAAAGACCUAGUGGGUUUUUUCGCGAGCGUUAACGGAGCCGGAGCGGGGAAGGCUUUCCCUCCGUUCUAGAAAUGGUACAGUGCUUUUUGCGGAAAGUAAAUUGCUAACAGAAUACAUUACAUACAGAUGGAGGACGUACGCAGAUUCGGAAUUGUUUGAUGUACGUGGUUUUCACAUUCGUAUAUGAUUACAUUCAUCGGAUGGUUCCGGAUUAUUCGAAUAUACGCACAUCUAUCUGUUUCCGUAGCAUUCUCAGCUUCUUUUCAGUCAGAGUCAAUCGAUACAACUCCCUUUUGGAAGAAGUAUUACGAAUGCUGCCUGAUCUCCCCAUUUACUGAAUGAGAUUCACAUGCGUCGGACGAUUAAGGACAUCGAUUUGUAGUAUGUGAAUAAUAGAUAGACAAAUCUUUUGCUAUUGUAACAAAGGUACUCUUUUAUAUAAGCUUUAAUUUUCUUUCGCUUGUUUAA